AUGUCAGUGAGAAACCUCUCGGACCUCCUUCACGAUGCAGCGAAAAGCCAUGGAGCUCGCGAGGUUGUGUCCUACUUUACCGGGGAUCCAGAUAAAGACUCUUGUGCGCGACUGUCUUACACCGAGCUUCACAGACUCGCUAUAUCUAACAUCAGUCUCAUUCGUGACCUGCAUCCCUCGAAGAGCAAUGUUCUUCUCCAUUUCGGAGAUCAUGUCGACAACAUCAUCUGGCUUUGGUCCACGAUCUAUGCCGGCUUCACUCCCGUCAUGUCUACGCCCCUUCCCCGAAGCCCUGGGCAGUGCAUCAAGCAUUUGGAGCACCUGGAUAGCCUUUUGGAGCACCCUGUAUGCCUGACUCGUGAAUCUCUGCGAGGGCAGUUUCCCGAGACAGUGCCCCUGCGGAUUGUUGAGAUUGAACACCUGCAAGCUCGUUCUGAUUCAGGAUCUGUACCAGACAUCAGCGACACCAGAGAGGACAUUCCCGCACUCCUAAUGCUGACGUCGGGCAGUACAGGACCUUGCAAGGCUGUGCCUCUCAAAGCUCGCCAGAUCAUAGCAUCACUGGCUGGUAAAUGCGCAGCCUUGCCCGUGGACCCUGAUUACACGUUUCUCAACUGGAUUCGUCUCGAUCACGUUGGCAGCCUCAUUGAAAUCCACCUCCAUGCACUAUAUUCUGGGUGCAGCCAAGUCCAUGUUCAGCCCGAGGACAUCAUCUCUCAUCCGCUCAAAUUCCUGCAAGUCAUCCAGGAACAGCGUGUCGCGAGCACCUUCGCGCCGAACUUCUUUCUCGCCGAACUGAAUCGCUGUCUUGAUCCUUUGAAGACAGUCAAGCUCGACCUUGACAUCAGCUGUCUGCGCUAUAUUGUCUCCGGGGGUGAGGCGAAUGUGGUUGCUACUUGCUCGCGGUUAUCGACGCUGCUAGCUCGAUACGGGGCACCUGAUAAUGUGAUUGUGCCUGGAUUCGGAAUGACAGAGACCUGUGCAGGAUGUAUAUACAACCGGACCUGUCCGAGAUAUGAGAUGGACCAGGGGUAUGAGUUUGCCUCGAUGGGGACAUGCAUCCCUGGAAUUGAAUUCCGCAUCUCCUCGUCGGCUGGGAGCAUACGUAUCCCGCCUGGUGAAGUGGGAGACCUGGAAGUCAGAGGUCCGGUUGUCUUUGACUCUUACUACAAUGAUCCCACAUCUACAGAUCAAGCCUUCCGGUCAGAUGGCUGGUUUCGAACCGGAGACACGGGCUUCAUAGACGGGGCCGGGAAGUUGAACCUAUCUGGAAGAACAAAGGAAGUGAUUUGCAUAAAUGGCGUCAAGUACCUGCCUCAUGAGUUGGAGGUAGCUUUGGAGGAAGCAGAAAUUUCCGGUAUUGCUCCUGAGAGUGUGGUGUGCUUUGCACACCGUCCGCCAGGCGCAGAUACUGAGCAGGCGUGUGCCGUGUACCAACACAGCUACCCUUCGGAUGAUUAUGCUGCUCGGUCGAGGGUAAUGGCAGCCAUUACUCAUCGCAUAAUGCUGAUUACAAACGGGAGUCCUUACAUCCUACCGUUGCCAGCGGUGGAACGCACCUCGCUGGGUAAGAUCUCACGGUCCCAGCUCAAAGCCGAUCUGGAGUCGGGAAAGCUCUGUCAAGAGCAGUCACAAAACGAGGAGCAGAUCCGCCACUACCAACAAAGUAUGUUUGAAGCCCCAGCAACACCAACGGAACAGGUCAUGGUCGAAGAGCUGGCUGGUUUGCUCCAACAGCCGACGCACACUCUGGGUGUCGAAAGCGAUUUGUUCGAGAUGGGCGUCACCUCAAUCGGCCUCGUGCAACUACAUCGGCGGCUGCAAGAAAGACUGUCACUCGACGAUGCCUUUACAGUCUCCACCUGCAUGUCCCAUCAUACAAUCAGAGAACUAGCCAAGGCCUGUCAUGACUGUCGCGAAUACAACCCCGUUGUCACUCUCCGACCGCACGGCAGCAAGACUCCGCUAUGGCUCGUGCACCCGGCUGCCGGAGAAGCACUGGUUUUCAUCAACCUGGCCAAGCUCAUGCCAGACCGACCCGUGUACGCAUUCAGGGCUCGCGGAUUCGGGGAUGGAGAGCCGUACUUCACCAGCAUUGAAGAGUGCGUCCGGACCUACCACAGCGCUAUGAAGAAGCUGCAACCGCGAGGACCCUACGCGAUCCUGGGCUACUCAUACGGAGGAAUGCUAGCGUUCGAGCUCUCCAAACUCCUCGAAGCAGAAGGCGAAAGCGUUAAAUUCCUAGCGAGUCUCAACCGACCCCCAUACGUCAGCCCACGCUUGCGACAGGUAACGUGGACGGAGUGCUUAGUGAACAUCUCAUACUUCCUAGGUCUUCUAUCCCAAGACUCCUUCCGCAAGCUUCUCGGGGAAAUGCGAGACAUCUCCAAUCCCGAAGCGAUCACCCGCUUGAUAAACAUGGCCGAUCAAUCGCAGCUCCUCGCCCUCGGGCUGGACGGAAAGAAGCUGGAACAGUGGAUCAACGUGGCUUUCAGCCUACAAGAGAUCGGCCGCAGCUAUGAGCCUAAAGGAUCGGUGGCGCAUCUGGAUGUCUUUUACUGCGACCCGUUGGAGUUUCUGGGCGUGACUAGAGAGCAAUGGCUGGAAAAACUAUCGGCCUGGCAGGACUUCUCGAGAGAGGAGACACUGUAUUUCGCCGUGCAGGGCGAGCAUGCUAGUGCGUUGGGGCCGCAGAAUGUGCAGGCUUUCUAUAAGACAUUGCGGAAAGCGCUGGCAGUGAGGGGGGCUUAACUGGAGAGGUAUUCAUACAGAUUAUCGGUGGUAUUUGUAUCCAGCAGUGUUUCAUCCACACGGUUUCUGCAAAACACGGGUCUCGGGAGCCGGAUGUUCCCUUGUCCUCUGAAGAAUCGAGCCCGCCGUCGGCCCGCCCCCACCCAGUACUAUCUUUUUUGGAUUCCCGAAACAUCGGCCCUCAGAAGCUGGAAUAGCUUCGUCGCGAUGUAAUCUGCAACUUGAAGAAACUCAAAUUCCCCACUCAUGACAUCAGACCCACACUGCUUAAUAAUGAUUGGUAAUCAGAGACAUCAUUAACUACCAAUAUAACAAGGUAACAUCCUGGUCCAUCAGCU